GAAGGUUUAGUAAACAACAUGUCAUUGGCUGACUGCUGCCUCUUCCCUAACAACCACGCUGCCUCCCCUUAGCAACGGACUUCCUGCCCCUCCCGUGAUGUUACGAGGGAUCCUGACGUCGCAACGCGGAAGUCGCCGAAGUUUCGGGUGAACCGUAAUCUGGCGACGGCGGUGGGAUAACGUAAAAUGGCGCCGUCCGGGCUGAAGGCAGUGGUCGGAGAGAAGAUCCUGAACGGGGUGAUUGCCAGUGUAAAGAAGGAUGGGGAGUGGAAGGUCCUGCUGGUUGAUCACACCAGUAUGCGCAUACUCUCCUCGUGCUGUAAGAUGUCAGAUAUACUGGAUGAAGGCAUCACUAUUGUUGAAGAUGUUAAUAAGAGGAGAGAACCCAUCCCCAGCCUGGAAGCCAUUUAUCUCAUCACUCCCUGUGAGAAGUCUGUCCAAGCUCUUGUAUCGGACUUCAAAGAUUUAUGUUCCCCUAUGUAUAAAGCUGUUCAUAUAUUCUUCACAGACACUUGCCCAGAAGCACUCUUUAAUGAACUGGGGAAAUCCAGGGUGCCAAAGGUGAUAAAAACAUUAAAGGAAAUAAAUUUGGCAUUCCUGCCUUAUGAAUGCCAGGUCUACUGCUCGGAUGCAAAGGACUCGUUUCACACCCUUUUCAGCAAGGUAGAAAAGACAGAACGUAGCAGAUGCCUGGAAAAGUUAGCGGAACAGAUUGCCACAUUAUGUGAGACACUGAAGGAAUACCCAGCCGUCCGAUACCGCAGUGGCUACGAGGACAACACAACGCUCGCUCACAUGGUGCAAGACCGGCUAAAUGCAUUUAAAGCAGAUAACCCCAGCAUGGGAGAGGGCCCAGACAAAUCCCGCUCCCAGCUUCUCAUUGUGGAUCGUGGCUAUGACCCAGUGUCUCCCCUCCUGCAUGAACUCACCUUUCAGGCUAUGGCUUAUGAUCUCCUAGAUAUUCAGCAGGAUAUAUACAACUAUGAGACCACUGGGAUUGGGGAGUCCCGGGAGAAGCAGGUCCUUCUAGAUGAAGAUGAUGAUCUGUGGGUGGAACUCCGUCAUAUGCACAUUGCAGACGUGUCCAAGAAAGUGACAGAGCUGCUGAGAUCUUUCUGUGAGAGUAAGAGAAUGACCACAGACAAGGCCAACAUCAAAGACUUGUCUCAAAUACUGAAGAAAAUGCCCCAAUAUCAGAAGGAGUUAAAUAAGUACUCCACACACCUUCACCUUGCAGAGGACUGCAUGAAGCACUUCAAGGGAACCAUAGAAAGGCUUUGUUCCGUGGAACAGGACCUGGCGAUGGGUUCUGAUGCGGAGGGCGAGAAACUAAAGGACCCCAUGAAGGUUAUUGUACCUGUAUUACUGGAUCCAAACGUUAAACCUUAUGAUAAAAUCCGUAUUAUCAUUCUAUAUAUCUUUCUGAAAAAUGGAAUAACAGAGGAGAAUUUAACCAAACUAAUCCAGCAUGCCAAUAUUCAGAGUGACAGCAACAUCAUCCGCAACCUGCAGCAGCUGGGGACCCGUGUGAUACUGGGGCAGCCAACCUCUACUCCCCACAAGCCUGAAAGAAAGGUCCGUCCAGAGCCAACCUACCAGCUGUCACGCUGGACGCCAGCACUGAGAGACGUCAUGGAGGAUGCUAUUGAAGAUAAGUUGGAUAAAAAACAAUGGCCUUUUGUGUCCGAGCCAUGUACUCAAGUAGGAUCCGCCCAGACAGUGGUGAGUGCACGGUUCGGUCACUGGCACAAAACACGUAGCGCUGCAGAAUACCGAUCUGGACCCCGGCUUCUGGUCUAUGUCUUGGGAGGGGUUUCCAUGUCUGAAAUGCGAUGUGCCUACGAGUUAACCAAAGCUACCGACUCAAAAUGGGAGGUUUUGAUUGGAUCUACUCACAUUUUAACACCAACCAUCUUCCUUGAUGGUCUGAAGUCUCUGGACCAGUAGGCCCUAAUAGUUUGUGAAGAGCUUGUUUUUUUUACCUUUUUUUUUCCUCCUCCAAGCUUUUGCCAUCUUGUCUCUUCGUCCUCACCAAUGUCAGACUACGACCAUGCCAAAAGCAGAGAUGCAGAGUCAGUCGUGUCUUUCCUUGGAGGACAUCCGUCACUCCACUAAAGUGUUUCUCAAAGGAGCUGUUACGCCUGCCCUGUGCUCCCGGUGCCAGUGGGACCAACCAGCGGCCUUACUAACCUCUGUGCAUAACGGAACUAUCGCCUAACUAGCCUAGUGCCAUCUGGUUUGGACUCUUGUUAUAUUUACAGCUUGAUUCCUCUUACAAUAUUUCAUCUCCCUACUAGACUUCCUUCCCGCGUUAAGUUGACUUUUUAAUGAGUUUUUGUACAAAUAUAUAUAUUAACCUAAUGAUGAAAUUUCAGCAGGAAUCUUCAAAAAACUUUAGAGAUCCCAUAAGUAUAAGUUUACCCUAAGAAGGGUCUCCCUCACCUAUAAUACACCUCAGAGGUUAUUAUAUAUGUUAGUGAUACAAUAAUCUGGGUAAGAAGGGUUCCCUUUCCAUAGACAUUUCAUGACUUCUACUUAAUGAUAUUUAACCCUUGUUAGUACGAUCCAGUGAAGGGAAUUCUGCCUUACAGUAUAUACUUUAACAUCUUUGUGUGUAUUUUUUAUACAUGUUUUUCUAAUGGCAAGAAAUGGGAAAUGUUCUUACCGCCCAGGCUCCACCCACCAUGACAUCACUGAUAGUCCAGUGUCUACCAAUCAGUAAGAGCAGAGUAGCUGUGGCACAUGGUGAGUAGCCAUUGCAGAUCAUAUCUUCUAUAUUGAGGAGACAUAGACAAGAAUAAAAAAAGACCUGCUUUGUAAUGUGUUAUCACAGGUUGUUUUAAUGGGGCUUGUACUGUGGGUUGAGUGUGGGUUGACCUAUGGACAGAUAACUGCUACCCCAUUAUACACAUGCAAUAUGUUUUCCUUUGUAAAGAAAGCCCUCCUGUUUUCAGAUAGAACUUUACAUACACAAAAUGGAUGGUGCUUUCGUGAAGUGUCUGCAGCAUUUUGUCUAUAAAGCUUUAGGGCAUUGAAUGACAGUGAUGACGGCUGGCAGAUCCUGUUCUCCUGCUAUUGGAGCAAUGAGUGAAGUCAGGAAGUUGCACCGUUUCUAGAGAGAUAAGAUUCUCUUCCAUUCCACCUUGAGUGACAGGACUGCGGGUGUGUUGUAUCCGGAGAGCAGGAAGGACUUAGUGUGAAGCUGGAUCUCUGCAUGAUCCAGUGCAUGUACACAUCUGCCUAUGUGAAUGUUCCUACAUACGGUGCUUUGCUUUUAUUUUUUUUUAUGUUGAAAUUGAAAACAAUGGGCCUUAUGUAUAUUACACAUUUAUGUAGCUGUAUGUCAGUAUUGUAGUUUAGAAUCAUUCUUCUGGAAGUGCCUUUUCGUCCUUUACGUCUAUUUCAUUACUAUUUUGUUUCUUUGCCCAUUGAGUAGCAGCCGCUCCUUCGUGUUCUAUGUUCUGCGUAUAUGUUGUACCUAGCAAAGGUUAUCUGAUAAUAAAGCUGCAAUCAGCAUCUAGCCUUGUCCUGUGUGUCUGAUUGCACCUUUGUCAGCAGGUAACCGCCGAGCUCAGUGUAAUGAGAUUAUCUGGGCCAUUUUACACCAGCCAUCUCUGCCACUGUUUUGUUAUGCUGCUUUUGUUACAUUCUGGCAUUUUAUGUGGGAGAUCUGCAAUAAUUGUAAGGUCUUAAUCAGGUAAAUUUUAUAGGACCACUGUUAUUUAGGUGUCUGCUCUGACUUCUUCCAAUCUGUAGUUGUGUGUACAGUACAGAUUAUAUUUUACAGAGCACGGCACCUAGCAAUACAUUCCAUAACAUUCAUCAUUCAUGCGGUGGUAAAGUUUGUGUCACUGUACCAGUUUGUCCAAUGUAGAGUGAUGGUAAUGACUUCUAAUGCAGCCGCUAUGUGAUUGUUCUAAUUUAAUAAAGAAGAAAUAAAACCA